AAUCAGGUGUCGCUGAUAGAAAUAUUCACUCUCCAAGCAGAUCAAAGGAUACUCUCUCUGAACCACUGGUCGCUGAUGGAAAUAUUCAGUCUCCAGGCAGAUCGAAGGAUACUCUCUCUGAACCACUGGUCGCUGAUGGAAAUAUUCAGUCUCCAGGCAGAUUGAAGGUUACUAAGAGGACUUUACUGCCCGACAAGGUAAUCUGAUAAUCCCAAUUAUUGGACGAUGUUCUUUGGUAUCACGUGCAUUAGUAUCUAGUACAUCAUUGCAGAAAUUGUACAGAUCUGCGUAUUAUCACCAGGACAGGCGAGCUCGGCAAACUGGAAGGCCUGCCUGAUUCUCGGCAAUCUUGGGAAUUGAUUCUCUAGGGUGGUUAUCACUUGGAAUUGAAUGGAAAUGACAAUGAUUUUACUUUUAGUCGAAUAUGACGAUUAGUUCUGACCGAUCAUCUGAACACGAUGCCAAAUGAUUCAGGGAAUAUUCAGCAGACUCGCCUCAGACAUGAUUUUACUGGAGCCCGAUCUAGGGAGACAAUUCGUUAUUUCCCUCAUAAAAUGUACGAUACUCUGUGGGAGAAAACCGGCCUGUUCAACCUUCAUCGCUUACCGAAAUGACGGUGAGUUAUGUUGUCAGUUGAGCAUGAAGAAGGGGACGUGCAUGAGGAAGGAGGAGGCAUUGGCGUUUGAAGGGAGUCACGGUUACCAAAAGAAGCCUCUGAAUUUUGUUUCAGCGGUGUUGAUCGAACCAAUCACAAGGGAUAAGUGAAUUUACGUGAGACUUCCGGUCGAUUGUGCAUACGUGGAUAUCGAAUUUUUUUACUUUUUAUGUUUGUUUAAGGGCCUGAAUGGCAAUCAGCAAGAGCUGCCAUGAGCCCUUUAGAAGAAACUGCCGAAGACCUGCAACAAACAGCCGAUUUUGUCUCGGCGCACGACUUGAGGUUAUAAUGGUUAUGAAAAUCUGAACGCAGAAGAAGAAGAAGGAACUGCAACCAAAUAUUUUCGGCAGUAAAAAUCGCAUUGGAAACAGUACGGUUCUCAUCUUGAGAUCAAGACUUCAACUUUGCUUCUUUCAUAUUCUAGUGGGACAUCCAAUUAUUGAGCUAACUGUGUCCAGAUUUAAAGGUUUUUCGUGAGAAACAUCUAUUCCUUUGGAAAAAUCUUUCAAUUACACAAUGGGGGCCGAGGAUAAUUCUAAAGACACGGAAAUGGCUGGUUCGACGGACUAUCUUGCGCCAAGCAUACAGAGUGAUAACCGGUCUCGCGAUGAAGGGGACCCUCUGGACUCGGUUGAUAUCGUCAGCCACAAGAGCCUGACCGUUCCCGGUGCCGUCGUGUUCAUCAUUGGGGGCAUGGCCGGCAGCGGCAUCCUGGCACUUCCUAAAGCGGUUGAUAACUUAGGCUGGGUUGGUAUUGUCAUGGUCGGCAUCUGUAGCUUCUUGGCCGCCUACACUGGCUCCAUCCUCGGGAAGUGCUGGCUCAUGCUGAGAGAACUGUAUCCAGAGUACAGAGUUGGUCGGACAGGUUAUCCAUACCCUGCAGUCGGGUUCAGAUCGUACAACAAAGUCGGAAGAUAUGCUGUAUCUUUGUGCAUCGACUUCACCCAGUUCGGAGUGGGGGUGGUGUUCGUUCUUUUAGCGGCGGAAAUCAUUCAGGAACUGCUCGCUGACGUCGGUGUACACGUGUCGUUCUGCUAUUGGAUGAUCAUCAUCGUGGCUGUUCUCACGCCUCCAACUUGGCUUGAGAGUCCAAAGGACAUGUGGCACAUCGCAAUCGCAGCCUUGGCAUCUACCGCAAUCGCCUGCAUCUGCAUAGUCGCCAAAAUCAUUAUGGCGAGGGACUUGGUCGAGGUGUACCACAACCCUGUCGAGAUUAAACCUGCCCUAAUGUCGCUGGGGACCAUAUUCUUCGCCUACGGAAACCACCCUGUCCUGUUGUCCAUACAACACGACAUGAAGGAACAGGACAAGUUCUCCAAAUCCGUAUACAUCGCUUACACAUUGGUUCUUUGUAUGUAUUUACCAGUCGCCAUGGCGGGGUACGUAGUCUUGGGCAGCGGGGUAGACGACAACGUUAUAGCCUCCCUGUACAAGGUUGCCAAUGGACCACUUCUCUACGUCGCACAGAUUCUUCUAACUUUGCACCUACUCUUUGAGUUCGUUAUCGUCAUCAACCCAGUGCUACAGGAAAUUGAAGGAGCACUGAAAGUGCCACAAAGAAUUGGCAUCAAGAGAAUCGUAAUACGAACACUCUUUACGUGUGCGAUCUUGUUCGUGGCCGAGACCAUCCCAAAGUUUGGUAACCUGCUGAGUCUGGUUGGAGGAACCACUACUGCCCUCCUGUCCUUCUUCUUCCCCGUUUUCUUCUACAACAAGCUCUGUGAUUCUAUAAACAGACAAAUUCCACUUCACCAAAGGGUGUUCCACUACGAGAUCAUGAUAGUGGCAGUACUAAUCGGCAUAGCUGCCACCUAUGCUGCCGUAGAAGGAAUAGUCAACCCAAACUCGUUUGUUUCGCCGUGUUAUGUUGACAUUAGUGCUGCAGGCGGGGGCAACUGAUGAUGUUAUGUUGACAUUAGUGCUGCAGGCGGGGGCAACUGAUGAUGUUAUGUUGACCAUAGUGCUGCAGGCGGGGGCAACUGAUGAUGUUAUGUUGACAUUAGUGCUGCAGGUGGGGGGCAACUAAUGAUGUUAUGUUGACAUUAGUGCUGCAGGCGGGGGCAACUGAUGAUGUUAUGUUGACAUUAGUGCUGCAGGCGGGGGCAACUGAUGAUGUUAUGUUGACAUUAGUGCUGUAGGUGGGGGCAACUGAUGAUAUGUUAUGUUGAUAAUAAUGCUGCAGGCGGGGGCAACUGAUGAUAUGUUAUGUUGACAUUAGUGCUGCAGGCGGGGGCAUGUUUUCCAUGUAAAUAAAAGCAGAUUAGAGUAAAAUUACAGAAUCAACGAUAUCUUUAUUUGACCAAAGUUCACCACAAGACGAACAUUAAACCGUUAUUUAAAUCCUCUUAUCAUGUCACAUACAAGUAUUGCAUGGAUUUAAAUAU